CGAAAAGAUAAAACAAGAAAAAUAAUGGCUUAAUAUAAUGAUCAUGAAAACCAUUCGCACACCAACCAAACUUGCAUCCCUUAUCCUAUUCUCUCUCUCUCUCUAUCUCGCAAUGCAUAAGAGGAUGAAUAACCGUCGGUGGUUCCUUUGGGUGUCGGCGAUGGUGGGCAUCAUCGGAGCCCCACUGUUCAUCUCGACACUCAUCCAUCGAAACCUCGGAGAGCAACAACCUCGUAUGCAUGCUGAGUCAGCAACAGGGGGUGUUGGUGUUGACGUUGACGUUGACGCAAGCGCCACAUCGAUCCAGCUGAGAGCGAUACUCCACUACGCCACCUCCCAGGUAGUCCCGCAACUGUCCCUCGCCGAGAUAACGCUCGCCUUCAACGUCCUCCAGUCCCUGAACCGGCCCGCGAACAUCCUCGUCUUCGGGCUGGGCCGCGACUCCCUCAUGUGGGCCGGGCUAAACCCGCGCGGCAAAACGGUCUUCCUCGAGGACGACCCUAAAUGGAUCCAGACCGUGCUGAAGGACGCCCCGGACAUCCGGGCCCACACGGUCAGCUACCGCACCCAGGUCCGCGAGGCCGACGAGCUCCUCUCGAGCUACCGCUCCGAGGCCGCGUGCUGGCCGGGCGCCGCCACGCUCCGCGGCAACGAGCGGUGCAGGCUGGCGCUGCACAACCUCCCCGACGAGGUGUACGCGACGGAGUGGGAUGUGGUGAUUAUCGACGCGCCCAAGGGGUACUUGGCGGAGAUGCCGGGGAGGAUGGCGCCGAUAUACUCCGCCGCGGUGAUGGCGAGGGACAGGAAGGGAUCCGGUGUGACGCACGUGUUCCUGCACAAUGUGGAUCGGAAGGAGGAGAAGGCUUAUUCGGAGGAGUUUCUGUGUAGGAUGAAUUUCGUCCAAGUUGUUGGUAAGCUGGGGCAUUUCCAGAUUCCGCCUAUGACCAAUCUUACUCGCGCCGGCGACGCCACUUUCUGUUAGGGCUUUGCUUUGCGUUUCUUCACCGUUCUUUUUGUUUUCUUGUUUUACGUAAAAAUGGUUCAGUGAUUAGUGACUACCGAUAAUAAUGAUGUUACCUCUAAGUGUAAUUCUUA